UUCAUAGCAAUUCAAGAAUGGAUCACCGUCCAAUACUAGAACUAGGCCCGUCCGGCAUGAUGGAUUUAAUCGGGUUCGAGGAGCCAGCCGUAGCCGAUACGGCUGGAUCGGAUGCAGUGCAUGUGCUGCCAGAUCGUCACAUUGGCUUUCCGUGCCGCCAGUGCCAGCGGGCCGACUAUCGGGGACUUCGCCACUCGUGCUUUUUCUGCAAGGACUACCAUCUGUGCGGCAAUUGCUUCGCGAGUAACAACAGGCCGGAGUCGCCGCACCACAAAUAUUAUCACAUAAUGCAGGUGUUCUACACCCGCACUGCGUACGAGCUGUUCUUUGGCGGGGAGCCCUACACCGGCACCGGGGAUUGGCAGAGCUUCCAGUGCGCCCUGUGCCUGCAGCUGGGAUUCACCAUCCAGACGCUGUACCAGCACCUGCUGCAGUCGCACCGCGACCAUCCCGACCACAGGGAUUACCUGCUGAUGACCUAUUCGUACUACUUUGUCGACCGCUCGUCGAGGAAUGCGGCUCCUACACCUCCGACCGCCGCUGAUCAACCUCCUCCUGGAUCUGUGGUGUUCCCAGACAGAGACGAAGACAAUGUGCCAAUUAUUGAGCUUGAAAUAAUAAGAACGGCACAAGUAGAACCAGCAAGGAGCGCUAACCGUGAGGCAGCCGCAGCCUCAUUCAGAGCCGCUGCCAGAUCCGCUAACACAGCCGCAGUCAGAGCCGCUGCCACAGCCGCUGCCAGAUCCGCUGCCACAGCCGCUACCACUGCCACUCUCGCUGGCGCUGGGGCAAGCAAUGAUGAAAUGGAACAAGUGGCGCGUGCAUUACGAGAUGUGAGGGAUCGGCUGCGAAGUCUGGACCCAAACAGCGAUUCAUACGAAGCGCUCUGCACGGGACUGCUGAUGCGGGCCCGCUGCCUGCACGAACUGUAUGCCCUGAGCAGCAAUACAGUGGGUAUUGAAUCCGAUGUCGAUCGCGUAACUCGCCAGAUCGAGCGGGAUGCGUUUACGCGCCUAUAUGGGAGUCAGUCGACUUUCGUCCUAGGCGAAGUCCCAUCGCCAGCAGCCUCAUCUGGCUUGGUUCCACUCAUCCGGCAGCAGUGGCCUGCAACUGCACCACCAGUUGCUGGUGGUCGUGCCGCCGCUACGCGUCGACCAAGCCCAGAAUUUGUCCAUCCAUCGUUGAACUUCCCCCGCCAUCAGUCCGGCAAUCAGUUUGUGCCGAUUUCAUUCCGCGGCAGCCAAGCCUCCGCAGCGGCACGCUACGAGGCCCUCAACCACUACGCUAUCUUACGCGGCACUCAUCAGGCUGAACGUGGACCCCAUGGCGUCCAGGCCGGUGUGCCGAUAAGAAUUCCCACGAGCACACAGACCGCGGUGGCAGCACCACCACCACCACCACCAAACACGGGCACCGCCAUCACAGAGCUGCCGGUUGACGUUGCCGAGCCGGACCCGCCAGAGAAUCCAAUCGAUAAACUGGAUCUCAAUGAUGGUCGUUUUUUGAGCUCGAGACUGAAGGAACGCUUCGAGAAGAUGCCAGAAAAUACUGAAGAAGAAGGAAAGGUGGCCAAGGCCCGCCUCGUCGACGCUGUUUUUUGCUCCAUGCUAUCGGAGAAGGAUCUCACCUCAGUGCCAGUUGAUUUGCUCUUGAUGCAGGAGAUGGGCUCCACUGCCUCAACUACUGUGGCUGCCAACGAACCGAAGCCCCUGGAGGAGCCACUGACCGUUGCUUGUGGCGCGGAAGAGGGCCUCAACCAAGUGCCACGUUUGAUGCAGUUGGCCCAGAAUGCCAUCCGCGCCCCUGAGUUGGCAGUGGAUCCCAUGAUAAAGUAUUUCAAUGGUCUCGUGGACUAUAACAACUGGCUUGGCCGUUUUACCAUCUCCGUGAAAGCAAAGAAAGGAGCCACAGAGAUCGAAGCUAAGGAAGAAUCCAAGGAACCAGAGGCCCAGCCAACAUCCAGCAACCGAUAUCUAGAGAACAUACUGCAGAUCAGUUCAUCGGGCAAUAACGGUCAAGAUGGAGACGACGGCCCGAACGAUCAGAAUCCGAUUGCAUUUAUUGAUAGAAACGAUGGCGAUGACGAAGACGACGAUAGCAAUGACGACGAUAGCAAUGAUAGCAAGAUGGGCAACUAUUUUGCCAACGAUGACGAUGAUAAUGGAAACAUGGCGGAUAACGAUACCAAUGAUGAUGCGAGCAACACCUAUCCCUACGAGAUUAAUAUUUUUGUUGAUCCGGAAGGACAUAAUCAGCAGCCAGUGGACAAUCUGCCAGCAGCUCCAGACAUCAUUGAAGGCGAGUUGUCCGGGUCCGAAGUAUCUUACGACGAUGAUGAUGAUCUGUACAAUGAAGUUUACGAUUAUGACUACAUUUGGGAAGAUUGA